AUGGAACCACUGCAACACGACGCCCUGAAGCUCGGGAAGGACUUUGCAAAAAAGACCAAUUGUUCCGUCGCCGACAUCGUCUGCCUGCUGUCGCUGGCGCCACGGGCCGUCCUGGAAGCGCAGAUGAAAACAAGUUCCGAGCUCGUGAACCCGUUCAGGUUCCUGGAGGUGUUCGAGACGUGGGGUCCCUUCAUCGAUGGCGAGCUCAUCACGGACCAGGCGGUCACCGCCUUCCAGAAAGGCCACUGGCAUAAGGAGAAACCGGUGCUGCUGGGCACAACCUCGGAAGAAGGCGUGAUCUUUGUGUACGGCGUCUUUAACAAGCCCGUGUCGGCGGUGCAGUCCAUCAUGUACGUUACGGCCAUCUUCAAACAGCACAGCCUCCGGAUCCUGCACAAGUACCUGCCUCUCUACAGAGACUCUGACCGAAGAGAUAUGCUGGCUCAGAUCAUCACAGACUUUGUCUUCCUGUGUCCAUCGCGAAGGUCGGCGCGUGUAGGCACAGAAGCAGGCUGCAAAGCGUGGAUGUACGUAUUCGACCACGUGACCUCGGACCCCCGCGUCUGGUCCGGUCUGACCUUCUGCUACCGGCACGUCUGCCACGGCGCCGAGUUGCCGUUCGUCUUCGACUCGGCCCCCGCGGCCAACUUCACGAUGACGCCGGCCGAGAAGGUGCUGUCCAAUCGGAUGCUGUGUUACUGGGGCGCCUUCGCCCACACGGGUGACCCGUCCUCACGGGUCAGUCAGACAACCUUCUGCCGGGAGCAACGUCUGCCCGUGUGGCCUCGCUAUUCUGACACCAGCGGGUGGCUGGUCAUGAACCUGACAGUGCACUCGCAUGCACAAAUGGGGACCAGGAGCCAUGUGUGUGACUUCUGGGACCAUCUGGGUAUCUACUAGGGCUGCAAAAUUCCAUGAAUUUUCAAAGAAUAUGAUUUCCACAUGUUUGUGUUCCAGUCAUGUUUCGCUUACGGCAGUGGUGCAUCAGUCUAAUUCUGUGUUAAAAACAAACUGCAACCCAAUCCUCAAAAAUGCCUGUUUGCCUCUCAAUAAACUAUCCCAAUAAAAUAUGUCC